CUCUCUGGCUCUCUCCCUGGGUCACCGGCCUCCCCUUCCCCUCCCGGCCAGCCCGCUCCGCUCGCUCCAGGGCUAGGUGGGGGCUGGGGCUGCGCACCGGAUAGACGGACCCGCGGACCGACUGACCCGGCACCAGCUACAGGAGAAGCCCGUCAUCAUGGACCCCCCGUCCCUGGACACAGCCAUUCAGCACGCCCUGGCGGGCCUCUAUCCCCCUUUUGAGGCCACAGCGCCCACCAUCCUGGGGCAGGUAUUCCGACUCCUGGAUUCUGACUUCCAGGGGGAUGGGCUGAGCUUCCUCCUGGAUUUCCUCGUUCCUGCCAAGCGCCUGUGUGAGCAAGUGCGUGAAGCAGCCUGUGCCCCGUACUCACACUGCCUCUUCCUGCAUGAGGGCUGGCCACUGUGCCUGCGAGAUGAGGUCGUGGUGCACCUGGCCCCCCUCAACCCCCUCUUACUGCGCCAGGGAGACUUCUACCUCCAAGUGGAGCCCCAGGAGGAGCAGUCCGUCUGCAUCAUGGUCAAGUGCCUCUCCUUGGACCUCCGCACAGUGGACGCAAAGCCUGUUCCCGCGUCAUCCUACCCUACACUCUUCACCCAAACGUGGCUGGAGGCCAUCAACAGUGACUUUGAGGGAAGCCCUCUGCACAGCUGCCUGGUAGCUUCCGAAGAUGGGAUUGCCCCUGUGCCCUGGACCAAGAUAGCCAGCCCAGAGUUUGUGGAUGACAGACCCCAAGCAGUGAAUGUCCUCUCCCGGGCCUGGGGGUCCCUCGAGUUAGAGGCCCUCGAUUUGAGCAGCCCUCCAGAGCCUCAUCAGCCCAGGCCCUCCGGCAGCCAGGGGCUGCUUGCCCGGAGCUUGGCCAAGGGUAAGGGCAGGACACACGGGAACAAGUACCCAGGACUCAUCAAGGUGGAACAAGCCAGGCCGGGGGAGGUGGCUUUUAGGAUGGACGAUGUGGCCAGCCAGGACUUAGAAGGAGACUAUGUGGCCCUCCUGGAGAGCAGAGGAGGGCCUCCCAGUAGGGAAGUGGAGACGUCCAGUGGGUGUCCUUUGGGGGCACUGGAGGAACCAUCCAGAACUAAGGAAAUCCUGCUCUCUCAAAGGAUGCCGCCCCUCUCAGGGGCCAGGGGGGGACCUUCCUUGGAAAAAUGGGCUUGUGAGAAGACAGCAAGCUCAGAAGAGGAGCCCUGCAGGUUGGGCUCGAGGAGAAAGGUCAACUAUAAAGUUAACGCAUCCACCCAGGACUCAGAACCCCAGCCCCAGGAGCCCUACCUCCGCGUCCUUGAGGAGCCACCGCCGUGUGCCUCUGGCCUUGAGGCAGGUGGUUCCUCCAAGAUGCAGGAACCUCUGGGAAGCCCAGAAAACAUGGCGCAACUCAGGUCUGCACCAGAACGAGCGUCCUCCCUGCACCUGUGCUCGGCUUCCCCUCCUGUUGCUCCAGCCCCUGAAACCAAGUUGGAAGAGAGGGCCAAACAGGGGCACGGGAGACUUCCCAAGCCUGAGACUGGCCCCAGUCAGAAUACCUCCUCUUCUACAUCCCCCACUUCUGGGCUCAGAUUCUCCCUCUUGAAAGGGCAGAGGCAAGCCCCUGGGCCCCCAGAGAAAGCCUCCCCCCAGCCCGACAGGCCCUGGAAAGUCUUGCGUUCGCCCUCGUCUCCCACGCCCAACCGAGCCAAGAGAGUGGGGAAAGCUGGAAAGACUCAGACCGAAACAUCUGGCCCGGCUGCUGACUCAGGCCCACGGACUGGGGAAAAGGCCGGCUUCCCAGAAGUCCCUCCAGAAAGAGACCCCCCUCUGGAUGAGGAGCCCCCAGGGCCUGAGCCUAGGAUUGGGGCUCUGAGUGUGGAGAUCCUCCAGUCGAGGAUGGCAUGCCUGCCAGGUGGUCGGGACAGGGCCGGGAGGCGCCUGCUUCUGGUGUCAACCACCGAGGGGGCCUGGGAGGCACCGUGGUGCACGGCCUCGGAAGUCACCAAGCUGCUCUCCUACCUGUGCACUGUCCCCAGGCCUGAAGAUAAAACCAAGGGGCUGGCGGUUAUGAUUGAUUCCAGGAAACAGCCUCCACACCCUGGUCUGGUCAGUGCCCUGCAGGCCACCCAGGCCCUGGCCCCAGCCUCCAUCCGUGCUGUGUUCUACCUGGGAGAGAAGGAGGCUGCCCUCCAGCUGGAAACAUUGCCUGACGUCCAGGUAGAGGUGGUGACCUCACUGAGAGCUCUCAGCCACCACGUGGACCCCGGGCAGCUGCCCGCAGCCCUGGAAGGCCCCUUCCCCUACUGCCACAGCGAGUGGGUGCAAUUCUUCCAGAAGCUGGACCCCUUUCUUGCUGACCUGCACCAGGUCUCCUCCUUGCUAAAGGCUUCCAUCAAGCAGUUUGAGAAGAGCGACCUCCCUGGAGGGGUGCAGGAAGCCUCCAGGUGUCUGAGCAAGUCCAAGGAGCUGAUGGAGACCGUGCUGAGGGACCCAGGGCUGCUGGGCCUCCAGCGGGAAGGGGGAGCCACUCUGGCCAGGCUACGGCAGGAAGCCAGUAGGCUGGACUUCAACCCUGACGUCAGGAGCCAUCUGGCCGAAGCUGUCGCCUGGUACGGCCUCGUGGACGAACAGCUGCAUGUCCUGGUCACUGCCUCUAACCACCUCCUGGGGGCGCUGGAGCUUCGCGUCCGCCUCGGCCGCCUGGAGGCUGCCAUCCACCAGGGAUGGGGGAAGAUGCUAGGACUGCUCCCACUCAUCGAUGAGGAAACUGAGGCCGGAAGACAUUACGUCACCUGCCUGUGGUCACACACCUGGGAAUCUGACCUUGGAGCCCACCCCCGGCAUCACCUCACCCGACUGCCGGCGUCUAGAACCAGUGCAGCCCUUCGUGCUGGGGGCUGGGGGGGGCACACGGACGGCCUGGGUUCUAGUCCUGGCUCCAGCACUGACCCGGACCCCAGACAAGUCAGCAACUGGAUGGAGCAGGAGGGGAGCCGGUGCCUGCAAAUGCUGACCCCCAAAGACAGGAGCUUGGAGACUGUGGAGAAAGCCCACGCGGAGUUUGAGGACUUCUUUCUCCAGGCUGCAGCCCAGUACCGCCGGGGCCUGGAGCUGUCCAAGCAGGCAGCUCAGCUGGGAGCUGCGGCCGGAGGAGCAGAGCUCCCGGAACUGGUGGCCUUCACCUCCACCCAGCGGGCCUUCCAGGCCAAGCUGACCCACUUCUACAUGGCGGCCGAGCGGCAGCGCACGGACCUGGAGACGCUGCUCCGUCUACACCACUUCUGCAAGAAGAUAACCUGGUUUCACGUGGACUGUCAGGACCUGAUGAGGCAGCUCAGGCUGGGCAAGACCCAAAGGGCCAGCCCCGGAGACCAGCGCCUCGUCCACCGCUACCUGCGGCGACUGGCGUCCGAGUUCCCUGCCGAGAAGCUCACGGCCAUGGGGCUGCAGGUGGCCUCUCUGAGCCAGGAGGGCCCCGGCCAGGCCCUGUGGGAGGAGGCCCGGGUGAGACACGAGGAGAUCCAGACCCUUCUGAAGAGGGCACUGGCCCACUGUCCGUGCCCAGCGGGGCCCGCCGCCCACUCGGCACACCCAGAACUAAGAAAGGCAGCGGCCGAGGGUCGGGGUCUGAAUGCAGCGGUGGCUUCUAGGGGAAGGGGAAGGCGGGGCCUGCCCCUCCGGGACUCCCUGGGCCUGGAUCGACCGCCAAAUUCCUAUUGGCCUCGGGCCCCCCGAGAGGGGCAGAAUGGAAGUUUCCAGGCAGGCCUUCUGGCCCAGGAAGCUGGCCAGGCUGUAGAGGCUGAUGAAGGCAGAGGUCCCCGUGAGCCCUUUGAUCCUGCCUCGGAGCCUCUCCUUGCCCCUCUCGUCUCCUGGCAGUGACUCCCCAGGCAGAGUCACACCCCCCACCCCGCUGGAGGCAGCUUCUCCUCAGAAGGGACAGACUCACAGACGUCUCUGGAGGACUCACCCAGACAAGUCCCCUGCAUCUCUCUAGCUAGGACCCCCACCACUCACACCAGGCUCCAGGGGGUGGCUGGGGAGGGGCCCAGCGACAAGAGGCAGUUCGGGAGCCCUGGCUGAACCCCUCUGGACAUGGCUCCUGACCCUUGCUGUAUGUGUCGCCAGGAGAGGGCAGGAGCCUGAACCCGCUCUGAGCUCCGGGAAACUCCAGGAAGACCCGACUCACGUAGAAAUAGGGAGUAUGGAGGGCAGGGCAGGACAGAGUAGAGCCCGGGACCCCGGGACCGACUGCAUAACGCCCGGUCCCGUCGUGGAAAGAGUAAUUGGUACAGACCCUUCCAGAAGUCUCAGAGGCAACCACCUGGCGUUCAGGGGUGCACAAGCUUGCCCACGGGGCACCCUUGUCGUGAGCGGGGGGACUCGGGAGUGGCUUCUUAUCUGAGACACGGAUUCCAGUGCCUGUUUAUCUGGCGGUGAACUCAGGAUCCUCUGGUGGAGGAGUAGAGGGGAGUCUGGGAAGGGAAUAAAGGGUGUGUUGUCAGGCAAAUCCCCGCACAGCCGGCUGUUUGUUCUCUGGGCCGUUGGCCUCCGCGAAGAGAAUCCUCUCCUAGAAGCCAGUUAGCGCACCCCAAAGGAGUGAGAAUGCACUCUCUGCUCUGCUCCUCCCACCGGCGAGGGCCCUCUGUCCCACCUUCCAGGGACCCCACUUGUCCUGGCCCUCCAGAGAGAACCCGCUUCCCCUCCCCACAUGUCUUCUCAGACUCUAUGGGGUCCACUCCCCCGACCCCAGGACGCUCUUUAGGCACAGCGCCAUGGGGUUCUGCUGGUGUUGGGACUGGGUGAGAGUGGGGAGCCACAUCCCCGUCCAGCAGGGGGUCAAGGUGGGGAGGCCUUCACACCUCUGAUCUCAGAGUAUCUAGAAGACAGCCGGCCUUUCACAUGGCCCAGAGUAUCCCCUGCUAGCACCUCCCCGGAAUGUCCUGAUGCUGAGAAACUGUGAACCCCUGUCUCCACCUCCGGUGCGUUACCAAGGUGGCCCCUGGCAGCCCGGCCCUGGAAUUUUCCUGGCUCCAGACAGAGGGUGGGGCCCUUAGCUCAUCUGUGGAAGGAGAGGGAGGCGGCACUGGUGUGGAGGACAAGGCGAGUUUUUCCGGAGACAGCUCAGCAGGGAAAGCAACACAAACCUCAGUGCCCAAGUUGGCUUUCAGGAAUCUUCUAGGACUUAAGAUUUUGGCAAGUGUGGUCUGUGGCCUGCCUGCCUCAGGACCACUAGCAGAGCUGAUCAAAGGCAGCCUCCUAGGGGGUCCCGCCCAGUUAAUUAAAAUCAGGCCCUUGGGGCCAGGGCAUGGCUGGAAUCUGCAUUUAUAAUCGACCGCUCAGGUGUUUCCCAUGUGACACAGCGAGGUGGGGUGCUGCCGGGCAACACCUGGGGCUGGGGUCUGAGCUGGCCCCCCACCCCAGGCUAGCUCUGUUUCUUGCAUUCCACUCUCCUGCCUUGCAGUCCAGACGGGCCUGAGGAUACAGGAGGCAUUUGAUAAGCCCACCUCCCUCCAUCCAUGCCUGUCGCCUCAGACAGGGGGCCGAAGGCUCUUAAAAUGCUGUUGCUAUAGCAACAGCAUCCAACCAGUGGGGACCACAGGCAGGGAGCCAGGGCACCUGGGGUGCAAGGAUGGAAACUAACUUCUGAGAGGAUACAGACACCGCGAGGGUUGAGGGGGGCUGAGGAAGGGGACGGAUGGUCCUGGAAUUCUUGGAAGGGAGGGCUCCCUAAAGCCAUCUUGCGCAUCCCUCUGCUCUCUAAAAAGAGCCAAAUCCCAUCACAGUAGCCCAUGGAGGGGGGGACGCCGAAACGAAAUAUAAUAACGAAUAAAUAAUACAUAAUGUA